AUGCAGGUGCAGCGGGAGAGUCCGUUGCUGCAUCAGGCUGUGGCAUGUUUGAUCGUCGCCGCGCCGAUAUCCAUUGGGGCAUAUUGGGCCUACAGUGCCCGGUCACCGCAGAGCACGCAUCGCAAACAGCGGCAGGGGAUGUCCAGAAGCAUGCUGGCAGCCCUUGGUUGCACCCUGCUUCUUGACUUCUUCUGCACUGACCAGUACCAGCCAAACAUGCCAGACAUGGCGGAGGAUUUCAACGUGGCGCCGGUGCAGAUGGGAGCGACCAUACAAGUCCACUUGUUCACCAGCGCCAUCUUUAUGCUGCUCUUUGGCCCACUGUCCGACUCUAUCGGCCGCCGUCCAGUGAUCCUGGGCGGCCAGGCUUUGCUCACCGUGAGCACCCUGUGCUGCGGUUUUUCCGAGACGUACUCGUGGUUCGUGGUGGGGCGCAUCUUCCAGGGCAUGGCAGCGGCGGUUACGCCCGUCAUCCUUUCCACCAUCCCGGACUGCUACACGGACAUGGCCGAGAGACUCAAGCAUCAGGGGGCGCUGGCGACGCUGAUGCAGCUGGGCCCUCUAGCGGCCCCUGCAACCGGGGGCUUCCUGGCCGACGCCUUCGGCUGGCGCCUUCCCUUCUUCAUCCUGAGCUCCCUUUCCGGGCUGCUUCUGGUCUUCAGCUUCUUUGUUGUGGAGGAGAGCGCCCCCCCGAGCGUGGACGUGAACUACGCUGCCUGUGCCAGGCGGACCCUGGUGGACCGGAGCCGAUUUUGGAUUCUGGUCGCCUGCCUCUUCAUCAAGAGCUUCUUCGAUGGCCUGGCGGGAAGCAACGGCAUCGUUCUGCGCCGGGACUUGCACCAAUCGCUCCGUGGGGCCUCCGUGUGCAUCACGCUCAUGGCCUUCGCCGGCACCGUGGGGUCCUACAUUCCGGCCCACCUGCCCUGGAGUGCGCUCGAAGCACUCAGGGCGUGCAUGGGACCCUUGCUUUGCUCGGCGGGCUUCCUGGCCUUCACAGGGCUGCUGUACAGCGACAGCCUGUCGUGGUUCAUGGCCGCAACAUUAUUCGCGGAGGUCGCCAUCUGGACUCCCUACGUCUCGGCACUCUGCCAGUUCACCCAAGGCAUCGAGGACAUCGCGGGCUCGGCCUCCUCCCUGCUGACGGCGCUCUCCUUCCUGGGGAGCUCCCUGGUGUCGCUCUUGGUGGUGGUCCUGGCUGAGACGGGCGCGGCCGGCUUCCUGCUGGCGCUCGGCGCCACGCUGCUGCUCAUCGCCCUGAGCCUGUGGCUGGGACCGCUAAGCUGCACACUGGCCCUGCCGGCCCUUCCGGCCCUGCCCUUGACUGAGGACAACCAGGACAACCGUGUUUCUUGGAUUGAGGACUGCAACUUGCUUGAGGACUGCAGGUUGAUUGAGGACUGCAAGGACCAUAAUGGCCCAGGCCCCAAGACUAAGCCCGCGAGCUGUUUUGAAGAGCGCGAGUCCUCAGCAGCCUGA